UUUUUUUUUUCUUUUGUUUCUAACAUUAUUAAUAUGUUUGCCAUUCGUCGUGCUGCUACUUGUCUUCCACGUGCUACUGCUAUCACCAGAGCCAGUCGAAUGGGUGCCAUCCGCCCUACGUCAGUUCCUUCUUUGAAUGCCUCUUUCCAAUCGAACAACCAAUGGCGUGUUAUGUCAACUUUUAGUGGAGAAAUUCAACGUGCCUUUAUCCAACAACCUGCUCCUCAAUGGACUGCUCCUGCUGUGGUGGAUGGUGAAUUUAAGGAUAUUUCUUUAUCAGACUACAAGGGUAAAUAUGUGGUAUUUUUCUGGUAUCCUAUGGAUUUUACCUUUGUUUGUCCCACCGAAAUCAUUGCCUUCUCUGAUCGUAUCAAGGAAUUUGAAGCUUUGGAUUGUGCUGUGAUUGGCGCAUCUACUGACUCGGAAUUCUCUCAUUUGGCUUGGAUCAAUACACCUCGUAAACAAGGAGGUCUAGGUGACAUGCAUAUCCCUUUGGUGGCAGACAAGACUAAAUCCAUUGCUAAAAGUUAUGGCGUGUUACUUGAAAAUGCCGGUGUGGCUCUUCGAGGUCUUUUCAUCAUUGAUCCCAAAGGUGUUCUUCGUCAAAUCACCAUCAACGAUUUGCCUGUUGGUCGCUCAGUUGAUGAAGUCUUACGUUUGGUCAAGGCCUUCAAGUUUACCGAUGAACAUGGUGAAGUGUGCCCUGCCGGUUGGAAUCAAGGUGACAAGACUAUCAAACCCAGCGUCAAGGAUUCUUUGGAAUACUUUUCUACCCAAUAAACAUGACUUGCAAAUGGAACUCGUAGAAUAGAUGAUGCUUUUUUUUUGGAUCUCUUUUUUAAUAAAUUUUUUUUAUGUGUUUGACAGCUUA